AUGAAGUACGUUUUGAUUUUGGGAAAAGAGGAUUUCAGAAACAACUGUAAGGGAAGACUGGCAGCAUGUAUAGGAAAUAUACUAAGUGGAAAUGGUACCAGAUGCACGUACGUCAAGCUGAAUAGCAUGUUGAACACUGAUGCAGGUCAACUGAGUCCAGCAGCCUACAAGGAGAUCUACGUGUUGAAUGAUGGGACUGAGACCUUCUCUGGAUGCGGGGAAUACGAAAGACUGAAUAACACGCACUUAACGAAGUACAAUGAGUUCAGUCUGGGUAAAGUCAUGUACAGUGUUAUCACUGGAGAAAACAACUUGAACUUCUUUGGAUCCGUUUUUGAUUUUGAAAUGCUCAGUAAAACAUUCGAUGACAUGUUGGAUACGGCAUGCAACACGUAUCCAAAGAGUCGGAGUGGAAAGACAAAGAAGCAUGUAGUGGCAAUCAUCGAUGUUGAUUUGGAUGAGAACGAAGAUGCAUCAAAGCAUGUGCUAACAGCAAUGCUACGAAAGUUCGAAGGAGUAAACAAUGACGACAUCUAUGUGAUAAUGAUGCACAAUACAGAAGAAAAGAGUCAGACAGCUGUUGUAAAGCAGAUGCACCGAUAUUACACACGGUGCAUGAAUGGAGGAUUCACACCAGAUACAGUUGCGUAUCACAGGUCACUAGGGGCACUGGAAGACAGUCCAUCUGAACGAUUUACGAAGAUGAUAAAGAAGAACAAGGGUACGAUGCAUCACAUUCAGACCAGAAACGCAUUCGAAAUGCUUCAUGAGUUGGCACAUGAUGGGUUUAUGAGCAUGUUGUACAAAAAGUUAAAUCUGAAGGAGUCGACUCCAAUAGUAAUACAUCCAAUCUAUCAGAAACUUAUGGAGAAGCAUCCAAAGAGACUGAAAAUCGGUUUGAUAACGAGAUCUAAGCCGGAAGAGGAUGCAUUCCUCUCACUUGUAGAGGCACUUGUUUGUGGUGGUAAAGUACAAGGUUACGGUGUAGACGUGGUCUAUCUGACGUCAGCAGACCCAGAUAAGGUCAUGGCAACGAAGGAGUUCAAAGAACUCGAUGGAAUAGUCUGCCCUGGUGGAUUUGGAUCAGUUUAUUAUGAAAACAAGCUUGUUUACAUCCAUUAUGCAAAAACAAACAAAAUACCAUUUCUGGGGAUUUGUCUAGGAAUGCAGCUGGUGUACAUUGAGAGAUUCAGGGACGAACUAGAGAAGCCGACUGCGACAUCAGAGGAGUUCGUGCCUACAACACAGGUUCACGCAAUCAAGAAGAUUCCAAAUAUAAAAUGCCAAAAUACCGGUAAGGGCAUCUUCCUGGGACUGAACGAAGUUGAACUGGUUUCGAUUGGUAAAAAGAUCUACGGCAAGAAAACCAAGAGCUUCAAGUUCAGACACUCUUACGGUAUAAACAUACGAGAAGAACCAAAGAUCGAGCGAGCUGGAUUGACAAUUGGAGGAAAGACUAAGGAUGGACGUGUGGUGAUUCUGGCUGACGAGAAACAUCCGUUCUUUGUUGCAACACAGUAUCAUCCAGAGCUGACAUCUACUCCAGGCUCAGUUGAUGCCGUUAUUGUCGCAUUCAUUAAUUCACUUCUUAAGAGAAAGGGAUGGCCUUCAAAUGAUUCAACAUCCAAGUUAAAGAAAUAA